AGUACGUUUGGUAAUAUGAACAGCUUAGUUCCAAACACACUUACCAAUGGCGGAAUAAUUGCAACAGGAAACGCUAUUCUGGCAAAUGAAGCAAUAUCCACAAAUAUGCUUGCCAAUGCUAACGUCCCGUUAGCAAAUGAAGUGUUUGGCAAUGCAGUAAUAACAAACGCAAAAUUCGUACCUAUAUCAGAUAUGCCAAGUGGAUUUCCUAUGACACCAGUAAUAUCGGAAAUAAUACCCUCUCUGCAAUAUGGUGAUAUAACGAUGAGUGGUGAUUUGCCAGUCAGUGGUACGAUUAAGGUUUGUGGUUGCUUCCCUGUAUAUGGCAUGGUUUCAGUCGACGGCAGCGUGCCAUCUGCUGGCACGGCGAUUGUGGACCUCCCAUCGAAAUGUGCGAAUCAAAUUGUUGUAUAAUUUAUAAUUUAUUUAUAUUUUGUAAAUACUGUGUUGUGUUUAAAUUUCAGUGUCAUAGCUAUUAAACAAUUUAAAAACGG